CUGCCGUCUGGGCACGUAACCCCGAUCUUCAAAAGUGAUCCCCGAAAAACACAGGAGUUUGCAUACCCUGCAAUUCGGGGAGUACGUAUUGUACACGCCUGUCGCAUUUUGUAUGAAAAAUAGGAUUCAAGUGGCGUGGAACAUCGUAAAUACAUCGUUGAUCGGACCACAUCGUUCUUAGGCCAAACGGAAAAUUUCUCCAGUCAUGAGCUGUGUACGUUGUUGCUUAAUUCACGCGGGUCGCCUGGCCUCUUGUAAUCAUGUUACCAAUCAUGUACAUAAAAUUGUGAGAGUUGUUGUGGCCAGUAGAACUUUGACAAUUAGUCAUGGUUUGGCAAAAGCCCCAACGGAACCUACACCACCUUCUAAAGACACUACUUCAUCCAGUGGAUCCUCCAGUAGUGGCACUGGUGGUGGGAAAAAGAAUACUCUUACCUGUCCUAAGUGUGGAGAUCCUUGCACACACGUUGAAACAUUUGUUUCAUCAACGAGAUUCGUCAAGUGUGAAAAGUGCCAUCAUUUCUUCGUUGUUCUAUCAGAAAUUGAUUCAAAGAGGAGUUUGAAGGAAGCACUUAGGCCAGAAGAUGGAAAGCAAGGUUUCUACAGAAAGCCACCUCCACCUCCAAAAAAAAUUUUUGAAUAUCUAAACAAACAUGUUGUGGGCCAAGAAUAUGCCAAGAAGGUGUUGAGCGUUGCUGUCUACAAUCACUACAAACGAAUUUACAACAAUCUGCCUGUACAGAAUUCACAAGCACAAACUAAUGUUAACACGAUUGGCACCCAGGAAACGAAUCAUCCCUUUACUCACAGAGGUCCUAAACCACAUUUAUUACAUAUAUCGGGCAUUGGAAAUCCAUUUCCGGGAGUUGGAUUUCAGCAUACUAUCAAUCCAGGAAACGAGCAGAAAUCGACAAGCAGUCAGUCGGCUCCUGGAUCAUCUAUAUUAGAUAGCAAGCAACAUCAGUUAAAAUUAGAGAAAAGCAACAUAUUGUUACUCGGUCCUACGGGAUCCGGGAAAACGUUACUCGCGCAGACAAUAGCCCAGUGUCUCGAUGUUCCAUUCGCCAUAUGUGAUUGUACCACUCUCACGCAAGCCGGUUACGUCGGCGAAGAUAUAGAAAGUGUCAUAGCUAAGCUCCUUCAAGACGCCAACUACGUGGUGGAUCGCGCUCAAAUGGGCAUCGUCUUUUUAGACGAGGUCGACAAGAUAGGGGCUAUUCCCGGAAUCCAUCAGCUACGCGACGUUGGUGGAGAGGGUGUGCAGCAGGGAAUGCUAAAGAUGCUGGAGGGAACGAUUGUGAACGUGCCGGAGAGGAACAGCUCGAGAAAGUUGCGCGGAGAAAUGUUACAAGUGGACACUACGAAUAUUCUUUUUGUCGCGUCGGGCGCCUAUAGCGGUUUGGACAGGCUGAUCGCGCGACGCAAAUCGGAAAAAUAUCUCGGAUUUGGCGCGACGCCCGCUUCCGAGAGCCCGGGCAGAAGAGCGGCGACUUUGGCCGAUGUCGCGAAUAUGUCACCUUCUACCGAGAGGGACAAUAAGGAGAAGGACAUGUUGCUGCAACAAGUGGAGGCUAGAGAUCUCAUCGAUUUUGGCAUGAUACCCGAGUUCGUCGGCAGAUUCCCCGUACUCGUGCCUUUUCAUACUCUUGAUAGGGACAUGUUAGCGAGAAUUCUCACAGAACCAAAAAAUGCCAUUGUUCCUCAAUAUCAGAUGUUGUUCUCAAUGGAUAAGGUGGAAUUGACGUUCGAUAUUGACGCGCUAAAUGCAAUUGCUUCGUUAGCGAUGGACAGGAAAACCGGAGCGCGUGGUCUUCGAGCGAUAAUGGAGUCGUUACUCUUGGAGCCCAUGUUUGAAGUACCGGGAAGUGAUAUAAUGACGGUUCACAUUACAGAACAGUGUGUAAAAGGUGUUGAAAAGCCGCAGUAUGCGAGACGUGAUGAGAACAAUGAGGAUGACAUUCAACAAGCGCAGCAUGUACAUAAUUAACAAA